UGUUGGGUGCGGAAACUGGACUGCAACAACAAUCUGCUUCACAACAACAACCCACCACACAUUCCACGCCUACCCAUGCGGUUAUGUAUGAAGAUCCCCCGCCUAUUUCAAUAGUUCAGCAGCAGCAGCAACAGCAGCAACAAUCCCUACAAGUCCCGCAUAACCAACAACAACAACAACAGCAGCAGCAGUCUGAUAACCAACAACAACAAUCUCAUAGCAAUAACGUUGCUUUAACACCAGUUGGUGGCCUAAGUCCUACACAAACACCCUCGGGUCCUGCGUCACAGUCACAGCAACAUUUAACAUCACCCCAUCACCAGCAGCAGCAACAACAACAACAGCAGCAACAUCCACAGUCACAGUCAAAUACAUUGCCCUCCAGUGCUACAACAAGUAUUCAACAGCAGCAGCAGCAGCAGCAACAACAACAGCAGCAAAACUCAGCAGUGGCGUCCGGCCAAACACAAAUUGUUGCGCCGACAGCGGCGAGUGUUUCCCCAUCCAGUGUUAGUUCCCAACCUCCAGAUAUGUCCCUCUCAUUAGCUCCAUUGCAUAUACCCGCGAUAAGGCCAGGUUUUGAGGCUGAUGCAGCCAGUGCAGCCGUUAAACGGCAUCCUCAUCCGGCAUGGCCGUAUGAAAGCGAUGGCUUCAGUUCGGCCCAAUACCAUCAUGCAUCGCAAUAUUAUUUAGAAAGAGAUCGUAAGCCUGUAUUUUAUGGUUAUCCAGAAACGCAAUUUCAGCCUUAUUGGAAUUACCGUGACCAACCCUCUUCCGCUGCUGCUGCAGCCUAUAUGAGUGCUAGUGAUGAUCGUCAUGCCAGUGUAAGUGCAGCUGCUGCCGCCAGACAAUCGGUCGAAGGCACUUCCCAGUCAAGUUAUGAAACGCCAACCUAUUCAUCUCCCAGUGGAUUGCGGGCGUAUCCAAGUGAAGCAUACUCAAGUACAGGUGGCUCAGCAGGUUUAUCAGUGGGUGCCGUUGGUCCUUGUACGCCCACCAAUGCAUUACAUGAAUGGACCGGCCAGGUGUCGGUGAGGAAAAAGCGUAAACCCUACUCAAAAUUCCAGACAUUGGAAUUGGAGAAGGAGUUCUUGUACAACGCCUAUGUGUCGAAACAGAAACGUUGGGAAUUGGCUAGAAAUCUCAAUCUAACCGAAAGACAAGUCAAGAUUUGGUUCCAGAAUCGUCGCAUGAAGAACAAAAAGAAUUCCCAGCGCCAAUCGAAUCAGCAAAAUAACAACAACAGUUCAAAUUCCAAUCACAAUCAUAGUCAAGCGCCGCAACAGCAUCACAACAAUCACCAUUUGGGCUUGGGUUUGAGCAUGGGCCACCAUGCCACCAAAAUGCAUCAGUGACCUUUAGAUAACAGCAGUGCUGGCACCAUGGGAUUUCCAACGUACUAACAUUUAGCCAAUAUCAAAACAGAAAUGAUGACAGAAUAUCAGUGAGUUCUCUAUGAUCAAUUCAUAAUGCUGUUCAAGCAAAACACAUACUCACAUUGUUCUCAUAGCCCCAUAGAGAGAUAAAUAAGCAACACACAUACAAGCACACACAUACACACACAUUCAAGCCAAACUAAAGAUACACUCAAAGAAAAAAUUUUAUGAAAAAGUAUAUGAGUUAGACGAGUUUGUAUAAGUAAAUAUUUUAUAAAAUUUCUACAACAUCAGUGCAUAAAAUGUACUUUGUAAAAAAAAUUUAAGUUUAUAACAUUUAACAAAAAUAUGUUGCCAGUGAAAAACAAAUGCAAAAAAAUUUAAUUUGUAAUUU